CCCACCCCGUUUUUUCUGGCUGUUCCCCCACCUUGCAAUGGCCUCUCCGGAGAAGAUGCUUCCCGGACCGGCCGCGCUGCUCUGCUGCCUCUGCUCCCUGCUGCUCCCCGCCCACGCCAAGAGCCCAGCCCCCAGCCCCGAGCCCGCCGAGCCCCCUGGUGCCAUCCUGCUGCCCGUCAGCUACCGCCUGUCCAACACCCGCCUGGCCUUCUUCCUCAAGGAGCUGGGAGCCAGCCCGGCGGGCAACGGCAGCACCCCUCUGCAGCGCUCCGAGCCCUUCGUCGUCUUCCAGACCAAGGAGCUGCCUGUCCUCAACGUCACCCUGGGGCCCUUCAGCACGGGGCUGGUGCUGCCCAAGGAGCACCUGCAGCCCUCCAGCACCCUGGAGGUGCCCGACCGCCUCACCGUCAACUGGAAGGUGCGCGCCUUCAUCGUCCAGCCGCGGCUGGUGGCCAGCCAGCCCGUGGUCCAAGUGCUCUUCUACGUGGCCGGCCGGGAUUGGGACGACUUCGACGUGACUGACCGGCUGCCCUGCGUGCGGCUCCACGCCUUCCGCGACGCCCGCGAGCUCAAGAGCUCGUGCCGGCUGCGGGGCAGCCUGGCCAUGUGCCUGGUGCAGGCCGAGCUGCCCCACGCCUGGUUCGGCCCCUCGGCCGUGCCGCUGGGCAGGAGGAAGAGCCCCGAGAGCCUGGAGGUGGUGCCGGGGGAGAGCCAGCAGGCCGAGCUGUACUACACCCUGCACGCACCCGACGGCGCCGGACAGUGCCUUGGGGAUGCGGGCGCUCGCCGCGGGGCCGGCGGGGCGCGCACCGAGGGUCCCACGCAGCACCCGCUGCUGCGCAUCGGCAGCGUCAGCCUCCUGCAGCCCCCGCCCGCGCCCGCCCUGCAGGAGCAUCACCUGGACGGCAACGUCUUCAUCCGCCUGCCCGACAAGCCCCUGAAGCCUGGAGAGGUGCUGAGCAUCCUCCUCUACCUGAUGUCCAACUCCACGGUGGAGCACUUCACCCUCAGGGUGAAGGCCAAGAAAGGGGUGAACCUGCUGAGCACCAAGUCCAGGAGCGGGCAGUGGCUGGUGAGCUCGGAGCUGCUGACGGGUGGCAAACACUCCACGGCCACCGUGGACGUGUCCAGGGCAGACGGGGCCGGGCCCAGCGAUGGGGACUCCUCGUCGGAGAUCAUGCAGCUGGAUUUCGAGAUGGAGAACUUCACGAGCCAGUCAGUGACACGCCGCAUCAUGUGGCACAUCGACUACCGCGGCCGCAACCCCCCGCCAGACCUGGAGAAGGUGGUCACGGAGCUGACAGUCAUCCAGAGGGACAUCAGGGCCAUUGUGCCCCUGGCCAUGGACACGGAGAUCAUCAACACGGCCAUCCUGACGGGGCGCACGGUGGCCAUUCCCGUGAAGGUCAUUGCCAUCGAGCUGAGCGGCGUCAUCGUGGAUGUCUCAGCCAUGGUGGAGUGCAAGUCCAACAACGAGGACAUCAUCAAGGUUUCCAGCAGCUGCGACUACGUCUUCGUCAGCGGGAAGGAGUCGCGGGGCUCCAUGAGCGCCCGGGUCACCUUCAACUACGAGCACCUGUCGGCCCCGCUGGAGAUGACGGUGUGGGUGCCCAAACUACCCCUGCACAUCGAGCUCUCGGACGCCCGGCUGAGCCAAGUCAAGGGCUGGAGGGUGCCCAUCCUGCCAGACAGGAGGUCGGUGCGGGACAGCGAGCACGAGGAGGACGAGGAGGAGCGGAAGCAGAGCCGGGGCUGUGCCCUGCAGUACCAGCACUCCACGCUGCAGGUCUUCACCCAGUUCCACACCACGGCGGCCGAGGGCACAGGCCAGGUGGUCACCAUGCUGGGGCCUGACUGGCUGGUGGAGGUCACCGACCUGGUCAGCGACUUCAUGCGCGUGGAUGACCCGCGGGUGGCCCACAUGGUGGACAGCUCCACGCUGGCCGGGCGGGAGCCGGGCACGACCCUCUUCAAGGUGGUGUCCCCGCUGGUGGAGGCGGUGCUGGGUGAGACGCUGGUGACGGUGGCAGAGGAGAAGGUCAGCAUCACGGACCUGAAGGCCCAGGUGGUCUCCAGCCUCUCGCUGUCCCUCCACCCCAGCCCUGGCAACAGCCACACCAUCAUCGCCCGCACAUCCGUGCAGCAAACCCUGAGCUUCUUCAAGCAGGAAGCGCUGCUGAGCCUGUGGAUUUCCUACAGCGACGGCACCACGGCGCCCCUGUCCCUCUACGACCCCAAGGACUACAACCUGGUGGUGAGCAGCCUGGACGAGAAGGUGGUGUCGGUGACCCAGGACCGGGCGUUCCCCUUGGUGGUGGCGGAGAGCGAGGGCGCAGGGGAGCUGCUGCGGGCGGAGCUGGUCAUCUGCGAGAGCUGCCAGAAGACCAAGCGCAAGAGCGUCCUCUUCACAGCCUUGGCCACCGUGCGCGUCCAUUUCGGGUCCGAGGAGGACCCCACCUACGACUACGACCACGUGCCCAGCAGGCCGGGGCUGGGCGAGGCGGGGGCAAGCACCACCCUGCGGGCAGAGGUGGACAGGAAAGCGGACCCGAGUGAGGACAGCCGGAUGUCCAGCGCAUCUCACCCCACCGAGGACUUCCCCACCAUCCCCACCGGCUUCGUGCAGGUGACACGGGGGCUGACGGACCUGGAGAUCGGGAUGUACGCCCUGCUGGGCGUCUUCUGUCUGGCCAUCUUGGUCUUCCUCAUCAACUGCAUCGUCUUUGUGCUGAAGUACCGGCACAAGCGCAUCCCGCCGGAAGGCCAGACCAACAUGGACCAUUCCCACCACUGGGUUUUCCUGGGCAACGGGCAGCCCUUGCGGGCUCACAAUGACCUCUCCCCGCAGCCCGAGAGCCCGGGGAACCCGCUGGAAAACGUGCAGACUUGCUGCCACGGGGACCACCACAGCAGCGGGAGCUCGCAGACCAGUGUGCAGAGCCAGGUGCACGGGCGCGGGGACGGCUCCUCGGGGGGCUCCACGCGGGAUCAGAGCGAGGACCCGCUCAACUCACCCACCUCCAAACGGAAGCGGGUGAAAUUCACCACCUUCGCCACCAUGCCCUCGGACGAGCUGGCCUACAACUCCAUCCCCAUCGCCGAUGAGGAGGACUUGGAGUGGGUGUGCCAGGACAUGGGGCUGCAGGACCCCGAGGAGCUUCACAACUACAUCUGCAGGAUCAAAGAGAUCGCUUAACGCAGGGGCAGCAGGGACGGGGCGGGAGGGAGGGGCUGCCACGCUGUGCCACGCCACGCCACACCGUGCCACGCCACGCCACCACGCUUCUCCGGGGCCGGACACCCGCGUCCGGCUCCUUGUUCCGCACAUCUCACGUCCUCACCCCGUCCAAAGGCACCCCCGGGGACGCCUCUUUUCUGUUCUCGCCCUUUCCCCACUGGUUUUCCCAGGGGAGGCAGCAGCACACGCGCGGCCCCCCAGCGAGGGGACGGGGUCACAGCUCGGGGCGUGCGCGUGGCCGGGCAGGAGGAGGCUGUGGGUGCUGCCGGGAAGGGGCUGGGAGAGGGGAGAGAUCCCAUUUCUCCCCGGAGCCCAGCAGGGAGGUGGUGGGCGAGGGCUUCCAGAGGGCCUCCCCCAGCCUUUGCUGCGCUCAGCUGCACAGUUUUGGAGGUGAGUGCUGGGUCACCCCGAUGGCUUUUGGGACGUUGGCCCACACUGGGUGAUGCUGGGUGAGGCAAGAGUUGGGGACACCAUGGCCACGGGCCUGGAGCACUGCUGUCCCCAUCACCUGCUGUGACCCAGCCCCAAAUUCCCGGUGUGCCCCACUCACUCCCUGGCUACCUGGAGCACUUUGGGGGUGACCAGCCCCAGUCCCUGGCUGCAUGGGGCACUUUGGGGGUGACCAGCACGUUUGCUGCCCACCCUGCCUGUCCCUCUGUCCCAGCCAUGGGGCCAGUGCUCGGCCCCCCCGCCCCACAGCCCCACUGGGGUCUCCAGGGCCAGCCAUGGGUUUCUGCCCCCUCCCAGUGUUGGAAUGUGGCUCUGGGAUGGCAACGCGGUGCAGGGGCUUCCCAGUGCCACGGGGACACCCUCGAUGGGACCUGGCCUGUGUGUCCCAGUGCCAGCCCAGCUCCCCCAGUGCCAGCCCAGCAGGGAUGCCCGGGGCCAGGCUCAGCCUGUGUGGUGCCUUCUGACUGCCGUAACCCGAUGCCUCCCGGCCUCCCCGUGCUGGUGGCACCUCCCAGCCCCCCCUGGCUCACCCAGGGGACCCCCCAGUCCAGGGCCACGCCAUCUCCCAGCCCGGUGCAGAGCACCCUCGGCCUGGAGGGGACACCGGGGUACCAGGGCUGGCAGGUUGGGGACCCUGGGCUGUGCACUUGUCCCCACGGGCACUGAGCAUGUGGGGACAGGGACACCCUGGCAUCACCCGGUGGAGGCUGGCAGCGGAUUAUUUCUGGAUCAAAAGUUACCCACCACUGUGUCUCUUUUUUUUUUUUUUUCUUUUUUUCGUUUUUUUUUUUUUUUUUUUUUCAGUUUUUUUUCUUAAAUAAAAGA